UAUCAUACGUUUUAUUUAUACGGCAACAAAAAUGGCGGCUUCGUACUGGGGAAUUAUCAUGAACAUCGUGAACAGCAUUGUUGGCGUCAGCGUGUUGACGAUGCCGUUUUGUUUCAAGGAGUGCGGCCUCGUGAUGGGCACCCUGCUCCUCAUGCUGUGCUGUUGGAUGACCCAUCAGUCCUGUAUGUUCCUCGUGAAAUCGGCCACUUUGAGCAAGCGCAGAACCUAUGCCGGGCUUGCCUUUCAUGCCUACGGAAAAGCUGGGAAAAUGCUGGUGGAGACAAGUAUGAUCGGACUGAUGCUGGGGACCUGCAUCGCCUUCUACGUUGUAAUCGGAGACCUCGGCUCCUCUUUCUUUGCCCGUUUGCUUGGCCUUCAGGUGACAGAAGGUUUCCGGAUCUUCCUCCUGUUCGCUGUGUCACUGUGCAUCGUUCUUCCACUUAGCCUUCAGCGCAACAUGAUGGCCUCCAUCCAGUCUUUCAGUGCCAUGGCUCUCAUUUUCUACACAGUCUUCAUGUUUGUGAUCAUUCUGUCCUCGUUCAAGCACGGCCUCUUCAGUGGGCAGUGGAUGCAGCAGGUCAGCUAUGCUCGCUUUGAAGGAAUUUUCCGCUGCAUUCCCAUCUUCGGCAUGUCCUUUGCCUGCCAGUCCCAAGUUCUUCCCACCUAUGACAGCCUGGACGAACCUUCUGCUAAGACGAUGAGUUCCAUCUUUGCGUCCUCUCUAAAUAUCGUCACCGCGUUCUAUGUUCUGGUCGGUUUCUUCGGUUAUGUCAGUUUCCCUGAAACAAUAGCUGGCAAUGUGCUGGUCAACUUCCCGUCCAAUGUGGUGACUGAGAUGAUCCGAGUGGGCUUCAUGAUGUCAGUGGCUGUCGGGUUCCCGAUGAUGAUCCUUCCCUGCCGGCAGGCGCUGAGCACGCUCCUUUUCGAGCAGCAGCAAAAAGAUGGCACGUUCGCAGCCGGCGGGUACAUGCCACCCUUACGGUUCAAAGUUUUGACAUUAGUGGUGGUGUUCGGAACCAUGAUGGGCGGAAUUCUUAUACCGAACGUGGAAACCAUUCUGGGAGUGACUGGAGCAACUAUGGGAAGUCUCAUCUGCUUCAUCCUUCCUGCUCUCAUUUAUAAGAAGAUCCAUAACAAGGGCCUGACGUCACAGUUCAUUCUUGGAGUCGGCCUGGUGAUUCUGGUGAUCAGCACCUACGCUACCAUGAUGGUUCCCCAGGAACCGUCUCCGCAAAUCAAGUCCGAGCUGCUGGAGAGAGAAGGCAUCAAAGACGGGGAGGUGCCGCUGGAACAAAACAUUCUCAAAAUAUCAGUCCAGAAACCCGUUGUGGAGGAACCCGCUGAUGACCGAGAUAAGCUGAAGUUACCUCCGAAGAAAGAAGAAGUGGAGCAACCUCAGAUUAAAGGUCCCAUUGAAGUCCCCCAACCAGAGGAGGCGAAGAAGAAGCAGGAAGAAGAUCAGUUAGACAGACCUGACCAAGGCAUUGCAAUACCCGUUGGGGAGGCACACCGCCAUGAGCCCCCGGUUCCGCAAGACAGAGUAGCUGUCGAUGAAAGAAAGGACCGUGAGGAGUCAGAGGAGAAGGUAGUCCCCGAGGCCAAGGCGGAUGUUGGUCCAAAGGACGUUAGACCAGAAGAAAAAUUACAAGGUAAAAAUGAACAGCAACUUCCACCCCAAAAAGAAGAUCAUGGACCCCCGCCUCAGCAGCUCCCCCAGGAGGAAAAGAUUGUGAAAAAAGAUCCCGAAAAGGCAGUUAAAGAACAAGAGGUCCCACCUCCGAAGAAAGAUCUAGCAGGGGACAAAGCUGAGAAUGAUGUGGUGGAUUCCAAGAAGAACGCAGAACCAGCGGCAGGAGACAAAGCAAAGGAAGACCUGGCACAAGCAGAGGAAAGUCUAGAAAAUCAGCUGAAGAAUGCCGGGGGGGCAGCCGAUGGUGAACACGGAAUCGAUCUGGCCCUGGUAGAGAAAGUUCUAGAACAGAAGCUCCAAAAUGCCGAAGCCGCAGCCAUGGAGAAAGAAAAAAACGACCUGGCUGAGAAAUCUCCGGAGAAACAACUCAAAGAAGAAGACCCGAAGGAGCAAGCACCAGGCAACGCACGACCCGAGCAGCGCGAAGUGAGAAACGCUGAAAUGAAGGCAGCGGAGAGUCAAGAAGAAGCCGGGAAGGCGGAGAUGCUGGACCACGCCAUCUUGUUACAAGUCAUUAAGGAGCAACAGGUGCAGCAGAAACGUCUUCUGGACCAACAGGAGAAGCUUUUGGCCGUGAUCAAAGAGCAGCACAUGGAGAUCCACCAGGAGCAGCAAGGUGACAAAGCUGACGACGUCGCUCCAGAACAUUCGCGGAGUAAGGAACAAAUGAAGGCGCAAAAGCAAGAUGAUAAAGAUCUCAUCAUUAAUAAGGAGCCCGUUGCAGACGAACACAAGGCAGAGCAGAGGAAAGACGCAGAGAAAGUCGGCUUGCCCCCACCUGAGGCGAAGGUAGCCAAGGAAGCCCCUGUCCUGCAGAACAGUAAAGAUCUGAAUAUGGUGGAAAAGGCCCCGGAGCCUGAUGUGGUAGAAAGGACAGAGGAGCAUCCCGUAGUGCAGAGAGUUGAACCUCCACAGCAAAAGCCAGCAGCUGAAAUGCCACCCGCACAGGCGGUCCAUAUACAGAAGCCAGCGCAGGAAGAGGAGGAGGCAUUGAAGAAGCCAAACCAGGUCAAGAGCCUUCUGAAGAAUCAAGAUGGCGACCUUAAUGCAAAAGAGAACGAGGUCUUGCGUGGUCCACCGAAGCAGAAGCUCAUUGAGGAAGAGCAAGUCCCGGUGGAUAAAGUGGUAAAACUACCAGCAGGGCAGCCGAAAGCGCAGCUUCAAGGGGGAGUAGAGAUCAAAGUUCAAAGAGUGGACCAAGAUCUCCAAAGACCGGAUGCUGACCUUAAUGUCCAUCCUAAGGAACCGAACCCUAACGAAUUUAAUAAUCAUGAUGGAAACGCGAUGCCAGGGAAAGAGCCAGCGGAAGCCGCGGAGCCUGCUGGUGAGAACAUGAUGGCCGGCCACAAAGAUGGCGGCGCAGGGCCAGACGAUGAACAGGGCAACCCAAAACGAGAUCUGAAGGCACAGAACGAUGUGGAGCUCCGGAGGAGGAAGAGAGAUCUUUCAAACGAAGUCAUUGAGAGCGACGGGGCCCAUAUUAUCGGCUUCAACCACGCCCCCAACCCAAGAGUCAACGACCUCCACGCGGCGCUUGAGGCCCAUCUCAACGCCGAAGCCGGCCUGCAGGUGGUUUACAGCCGACAAAUCAAACAGCUUACAGAGGAAAAGAAGAGAUGACAGCCGAUGGGACAAAAGGGGACACCA